UUUGUCAUCCUUCGCCUGCCUCUCUUCUUCAGCCAUUUCGUAUGAUAUAGGUUAUGUUCUCCAGCAAUUAACUGUAAUAUUCCUGAAUCUUCCAUUGUGUUACUCACCCUAGUAUCUGGCGCCAACAAGAAUUUUUACACUUAAGUACUCCAAAUAAUUUUUCAUUCGUCUCAUAUAUCGUUAUUUUCUUAUGCAUUUUAAUCAUGGUCGAUGAUAAAAUUGUUAAAAACGUUCAAACGACUUUUUCCUUGUAUGGACUUAUGAUAACAAGUAAACUAAGUACUUCUAUAGCUAAAGAAAUGGAAAAAAUGGAAGAUGAACGUGAAUCCUGGCUUAUUAAAAUUGUGGAACAAAUACUAUCACAAAAUCUGGAAAAUCCACGCAUUGAGCUUGAUCACAUAAAAAAAGCAAUCAUAGAGUGUAUGAGGCCUGAGAAUAGCUUAAAACAUACAGAGACCAUUUUAAAUGUUAUAAAUGCUCUGGAUAUCCCAAAAGUCACCUAUGACAUGGAAAGGAGAAAAUUUGUACUUGAAAAAAUUGGAAUUAAUAUGUACCCUGACGCAACAUAUAAAUCUCUAAUUUUUCGAGACAGAUUUAAUAUACUAUGGCACAGAACAUUGAAGCAUCCAAUGUUUCUUGCUCCUAAGCUUGGUGAAACGAGCAUAGGCAGAUGUAAGCUUACUCCAAUAGAGUAUCUGCUCAGUGAAUCAAGAACAAUUAAUGUAUAUGUGAUGGGUCUUUUAUCUCAACUUGUAGAAGGGCAAUAUUACUUGGAGGACAUUAGUGGAGUUGUAAAAAUUGAUUUGAAGAAUGCAAAAUUCCAGGAUGGUCUCAUCGUGGAUGGUUCUAUAGUCCUAGCUAAUGGGAAUUACGACGAUAAUAUAUUAUAUGUCAAAGAUAUAGGCUUUCCACCUGCAGAAGCUUCAAAUAUUUCUCGUGCACCCUUUGGAGAUCACAACACCUUUGGUGGACCACAUCCAGUUUCAUUAAAAACAUCUGAGAAGUUACAAAAGCAUGAACAAAAUAAUCCAGAUGGAAUGAUAGUUUUUGUCUCUGAAUUAUGGGUAGACAGUCUCGAGGUGUUAGAUAAAUUUAAAAUAAUGCUUGUCGGCUAUGCAGAGUUUCCUCCUAUAGCUUUUGUACUAUGUGGUCAAUUUUUAAGUUUCCCACCAAAUACAACAAGCACACAGAAGAUGAAAGAAGGUUUCAAAAGACUAGCAAACAUAGUGGAACUCUUUGAAAACAUAAAGAAAGAAAGUAAAUUCAUCAUAGUACCAGCACCCUAUGAUUUAGGUGCACCUAAAAUUCUACCUAGAGCACCACUGCCAAAAUGUCUAGUGGAGGAUUUCAUAAAGACUGUUCCUGGCACAAUACUAGCUACCAAUCCUUGUAGAAUACAAUACUGUACAAAGGAAAUUGUGGUUCUCCGUGAGGACAUGGUGAGCAGACUGUGCAGAAAUACACUUUUUUUUCCCACUGAAGGUGAAGUGUACGAACAUUACGCUAAAUCUAUCAUCUGUCAAGCACAUUUAACACCAAUGAACCUCCCAGUAAUACCAAUUUACUGGAAACACGAUCACGCCUUACAAUUAUAUCCAGUACCAGAUCUCAUAGUUGUGGCCGACCAAUUUGAAUCUUAUACAACAGAACACAUGGAAUGUAAAGUGAUGAAUCCAGGAUCAUUCCCAAAGAAUAAUUUCUCCUUCAUGGCCUACGUACCAGCAAUGAAUAAUAUAGACAUUUGUGCGAUACCAGUUGACACAGACCUGAUGAACCUGGACACGUGAUCCCAGAAGAGGAGAACGUUGAUCACAACGACGUACUUUGUACAGUAUUUAUUGUUUUUCGCACAUAAUAAAAUCUUUCACUUUGACAAUA